AUGGACUUACGUGGGUUGAAAACCAAAACUGUCGACGUCGAUGGAGCCGUUCACGAGAGAAUUCUUCGCUUAAAGCGCAGUAGGUCCGGUUCAAAGGCGGCCGUCACCAGAAGACAGCGCGAAUUACUUGAGCUAAUGAAGAGCUCUGACAAUGUUGAUCAGGUUAGAGCGAAGUUUCUUGAUUUAGAAGUAGCUAUGAGACAUUUUAACGAAGCACAUGAUAAGUAUCACGCUGAGUUGACUGAUGAAAGUGCAAUUCGGGACUCGAUCGAGUAUUUUGAAUCAGUGAAACGUAUGGGAACUGCGGUGUUUCAGUCAUUUGAGGUCUGGUUGCAAUCUGCUCAGUUUAAGCUCCAAGAAGAAUUAGAUCUUGCCAUCAGUCUUCAUCCGGAAGACUCUAUCAGUAAUAUUAGUUCUACGAAAUCGAAGUCUGCUGCAAGUUCUAGGAGGCGCAAGUCUAAAUCUAGCGCUAGUUCCAGUCUCUCACAGUCAAGCACCGCUUCAAGUGCAGGGCUGAGAGCCUCUGCUAAGAAAGCUGCCUUGUCAGUGGAAGUAGCUGCAUUGAAGACACGGCAGGACAUUCAGUUAGAAGAACUCUUGUUGAAGCAGAAGAAAGAGAAUUUUGAGUUGGAAACUAAGUUAGCAAAGGCCGACGCUGAAGAAAAAGGUGUACAGUUAUUGUGA